AUGGCAGUAUACUCAUCAUGUGAUCAUCAAGCUAAGGGACCUUCUUCUCGACGUCCGAUGGGAUGUCGAUUUCACCCUACGAACAAGAAACUAUUGAAGUAUUUGUUAGGGUUUGUAAGAGACCAACCACUUCCCCAGCAGUAUCAACUCAUGCAGCAGGUUGAUCUUUACGGCGACAAGGAGCCAUGGCAGAUUUUUGAGGGCACCAACAACAACACUCGUUACUUCAUCACACAGCAGAAGAAGGUGAAACCUGGGUGGAAAAGAUUUGCACGAACGGUGGGGAAGGGAAUAUGGAAGCCACAAGACAAAGGGAAAGAGGUGUUCGAUAAAGGGAGACUCAUGGGGUACGUCAAAAGUUUGAAGUACAUCGCCGCUAACAAAUCAUCGAACAAGGCCAACGGGGAGUGGUUGAUGACCGAGUACUCUCUGUACAAUGGUUAUGUGGAUGCUUCGAAAAUUAAGAAGAAGGGUUUCGUAAUUUGUAAGAUCAAGAAGAAGGAAAAACCCGGUGAUAAGAAAAAGGGAAACAAUAGUGAGGUAGUUAACGAAGAGAAUAUGAAAGAUAUUGAGGAAUUAAUCAAUUCUAUUCUGCAAGAAAAAGUUGGAGAAGACAUUAAUGAAAGAAUAUCGAAUGAUGAUAUACGACUCGUCGCAGAAGAUGAUCAUCAGGCAGCAGGGAACGAUAUAGAAUACCUAGAGGAAGACCAAGUGGAAGAGCAUAUACUUGCUAUGUUGGGGUGCUCCACAGACGAUGUUGAUAGUCAUGAGCAUAACGUUGAAGAAUAUAUCAAUUCAGAAGACAAUGAAAUAGCAAAGGAUGAAGAAAAGAUAGAAUACUUACAAGAAGAGCAAGUGGAAGACCAUGUACUUGCUUUGUUAGAAGACAUGGAUCUUGAUACUUUUGACUUUGUGUAA